CUUGAAGUACAUAUAAAUUUAGAUAAAUAAGUAUAGCAUGAACAAUAGUAAAUCUCCAACUUAAAGCGAAGCUCUUCCCUAAAUAUAAUACAUCAAAUUAAAAUAGUUGUCAAAUCAACGAAAAGUAAAUUUCAAUGUGAUGCUAUCUCUGCCUGUAACUUAUAUUCUAACUUAAGUAUUUACUUAAGGAUCAGUAACUUGAAAACAGAAAAGACACAAUUGCAAUCUUCAAAAAAAGAAAGCAAGAAGCUAAUUCAAUUAGUAAAAAUAAACCUCAACUUUUAAACAAUGGUAGAAUUCAUUUUUCAGAAUUCUGGUCAGAAAAAUACUAAUGCAUCACUUUAAAAGAUUCUUAAAUCAACUAAGAUCUCAAUAAAUAUAGAUAAAUAAUUAAAAGAAAUAUAAAAGACUAUUUAUUCAGAUAUGAAAAAUCGGUCAAGGAUCAAUUACAAUAAGUGAGAGAGUAUUUCAAAUUUAUUAUUUUAGCCAAAAUUAUACAGAACCAACAAAGAACUAUGAAUCUGAUGAUGAAACUGUUAAAUAAUUUGAUCUUUAAAAUUAAAAACUUCUAACAAGUCACAAUACAGAAGCAGAUCUAUUAGCGUAAUAUUAAAAAAACGAAGAUCUCUUUAAAAAACCAUAUAUGCGAUACUUAAACAAAAGUGUUAGCAAAGAAGUUAAGAAAGAUUAUAUUCUUAAAUUGGAAGAUAUGAUGAGCAAAUGUGAUGACUUUAAAUAUAAAUAUCUAACAGAAGAGUAAGAAAAAUAUAAAAAUUUUAGAAAGCUCAAUCUCAAACGAUUCAGUUAGAAUUCUAUACCAAAAAGAUAUAUAAUCAAUUAAACAACAAAUUCAAGCAGAAGCAAUUUUUGA